UAGCUUAGAGUAUCAAUAGAAGCAUAUAUUGAAGUCCUUAAUUUAUGAUAUGAAAGUUCAGUUUGGAUCCGUGAAAACCAUUUUCGCUUUACUCUGUUUCUUCCUGAUUGGUAUUAUUAUCUAUGAUUGCAUCUGAUCCUAACUGUUUCACGGUCACAUGUUUCAUUAGAUGACGUUUCAUAGCGAAAUAAUCUAACCUUACUUACACCAAACUGAUAAUUUUUAUGUAGACAUAUGUUUCAGUGAUGUGUUACUUUGUCUUCUAUAAAAUAUGUCUCAUAUAUGUAUUAUUAAAAUAAUUUACACAAUUUUGAUUCUCGUGGCGGUAUCCAAAUUGUCUGUCGGUGCCGGAAUAAAUCAAAAUAAACUCUCAAAGACAGUUCGGACUGUAAACAAUGCACAACAGUAUAAGAAAUAUUCCGAAAAAAUAGGUUUAUACUCAUUAGAUAAUGAUGUAGAAAUUCUUACAGUUGAUAAUUUUAAAAAUGAAGUUUAUGGAAACGAUAGAGCUUGGCUUAUCGAAUUUUACAAUGCAUGGUGUGGCUUUUGUCAACGUUUUGCACCUUCUUGGAAAGAGUUUGCAACAGAUAUUGCUGGAUGGAAAGGUUUAGUGGGAGUCGGAGCCAUUGACUGUGCCAAUGAACAAAAUACUGGGAUUUGUAGAGAAUUUGAAAUUAUGGGUUAUCCAACUCUUAAGUAUUUUCAUGAAAAAUAUACAGAAGGUCCUAAAAAUUUGGGAGAAAAGGUUAGUUCCCAAGGACAAGCUAAUGAACACAGACAGAACCUUUUAAAUGUAAUAAUUGCAGAACAAAAAUCUGGAAGAGGUAAAAUGUAUCCAAACUUACUUCCAUUUGUUGGGAAAGAUAUAGAUGAAUUAUUUAAUAAUGAAUUUGAUCAAACAUUCCUAAUUGUACAAGAGCAUAGUGAUUAUUUAGGACAAGAAGUGAUAAUGGAUUUAAAUAAAAUUAAGAAGGCCAAUGUAAGAUAUGCUUUUUAUAAUAAUACAGAAUUGACGACUAAAAUAGCUGUGAAGAAUGUACCUGCCUUAGUUGUAAUAAACAAAGAUAAAACUUUCAAGUUUUUACAAGUUAAACCAAAAAGAGAAUUAUAUAAACUUGCAAUUCAAAAAUAUCUAGGCUCAAUUCAAAUAAUAUCAUCAAGUAAAGAGCGGUAUUUGGGCAAAGGAGAAGAUAAGAAUGUACCUGAUGUGAUCGACUUCUUAGAAGAGAGAGAAAAAAACAAAUUAAAACAAAAAAUUAAAAGAAUGGGCGAUGUAGUCUUCCAAAUGGAUCUAGAAACUGCACUUAGGUACUCUCUUAAACAUGAAGUAGCUAGUGUUAAAGAAAUUACUAAAGAACAAUUACAAGCUCUUAAAAACUACUUACAUGUAUUAGCAAAAUAUUUCCCAUUUGGUAGAAAUGGACAACUUUUCCUAAAAGAUCUGAAAGAAUUUGUUUGGUUCAAAACAGUGGUUAAGGGAGAGGAUAUAGGAAAUUUUGUAAAACACGCUGAAAAAGAAAAUCAAUUGGUAUUUUCUUCUCCACAACAUUGGUUAGCUUGUAAAGGUAGUUCACCAAAUUAUAGAGGGUAUCCUUGUGGAUUAUGGAAACUAUUCCAUUAUUUAGUGGUGAAUGCAGCAAUCAAUGAGGAAAUUCAAGAUUCAAAUCCUGGAAUUGUUUUGGAAGCAAUGCAUGGUUACAUUAAGCAUUUUUUCGGUUGUUCAGAGUGUAGUCAACAUUUUCAAAAUAUGGCCAAAAGAAGAGAGAUUUUCAAUAUUACUUCCUGGGACGAUUCUAUACUUUGGCUGUGGAGCGCCCAUAAUGAAGUUAACAAACGAUUAUCAGGAGACGAAACAGAAGAUCCUGAAUAUCCCAAAUACCAAUUUCCAUCAAAAGAACGAUGUCCAAGAUGUUACCAAGAAGACAAUUCUUGGAAUAUAGUUGAAGUACUUCAUUACAUUAAACAUGUUUAUUCAAACAUAAAUGUUAGGUACAUUGGAUCAGAUACAAAGGUUUUGCAUUUAAUACUAGAUAAUAGAUCCAAUCCUGAAAGUGAUGCUGGUAUCUUUAAAACUAUUGACACAGCUUUGUGUUUGAUACUAUAUCUAGCAUCUUUCAUGUUGCUCCUAGUACUAAUUUAUGUCUUUCUUAGGCGGAGUUAUAGAAAUCACAGAAAAAAAUUAUAUCAACAUGCUUUAUUAGGAAAAGUUUGAAUUAGAGAAUUAUCAUUUGAAAUUAGAAUGAGAUUAAAUUGUACAUUUUUGAAAUAAAUUAUAACAGACACUUGCAUAAUCAUCACCAUAAAGUUUUUUCGCAUUUUGUUAAUCUUAUCAAACUAUUUAUUAGAAAUAAAAUUUAAUAGUUGAUGAUGAUGAUGAUAUUCCUUGGCAAAACGUUUUUUUAUUGAUAUAUUUGCAUAUUUAUAAUCUUUAUCAAGAGCAAGUAGUAACUAAAUGUUUUGAAUACUCAUCAUAAAGUGAGAAAAAAACUUGAAAUAAUUGAUUACGAAUUAAAAACGGGUUAAAAAUUCUAAGUGUGUUGAUAUAAAAGUAAAUAAUAUGUGCUAUACAUUCCCUUUGUCAAUAUUUUCAGUCAUUUGAUUCAUUUUCACACUAAGUAUUUCAAAUAAUUUUUUUCUUCUUUUAUGUCUCUUGUAAAAUUUAGCAGUUUUAGAACAGCGAUAUAAUGUCUACAUUACUUGAAGUAUUUUAAUGUAUUUCAAGAUGUAGAUAUUAUGGACAUGAAAAUAAAUUAGAACAUUUCAUCAUGUACCAUCUGAUUACUUAUGUAAUGUUUUUCAUAUUUAUUUACACACUUUCUAUUUGUGGGGUGAAUUAAUAAACACUGUCUCUUAAUUUAUUUACAUACUACACUUAAUUUAUAAUAAUUCACUUAUAACUAUAACAUUCUUAAUUCCUUCUAUUCACUAAGACUAUUUAUUAUAGACUAACUAAAUUCCGCCACAUUAUCUCCUUAUAUAUGUAUACCAGAAGAAUUCUCUAGAUCUAGAAAAAUAAAGAAACAAAACAAAUAAAUAAAUAGACCUUCCUACAAAUUAUUCAAAAGAAAUAUUGUAUAUAAACUGCUUGCUAUAAUAAAAAGAUAUAUAAAAACAAACUUCCGCCGAAAUUUAGAAUUUCAAGUAUAUUGGUCAUACAUCACAGGUGGCCACUUUCGUCGAAUUUAAGAAUUCAACUAAAUCCAGACAGGGCCGGCUCCAGUUAGUAACACUUAUGAAAAAUUAUUUUGUGUAAUUCCUUAUCAAUUGGCGUGAUGUCAAGUUUUUAUUUUUUUACGUUUACUUAUGGUAUAAAGGAUUAUUAUAAUAUUAAUGAAAUGCUUAGUUGUUUAAGGGGUUAUUCUUGUCUAGAGGUAUAAAUUUUAGGCAUUUUUGAAAAUAACGUAAAAAAAUGAAAAAAUUUUUUCUAUCCAUUUUUUUAUAAGAUAUUUAUGGACUUUUUAAGAAUAUAAAAAUUGUAAAAAAAAAUUAUAAUUUCCAUAAAUUUCAGGCUGGUAAAGUGGGAGCUACAAAAAAACGGUGUACCCUGUUCGAUUCCAACCCUUGUAAUGAUCUGAAACAAAAAAUUUGAAAAAUUCUUAAUCUGUAAAGAUGUCGCUACCGCAUUCACAAAAUCGCUUCGACAUGAAUCAGUUUUUUUGCUCCUUUUUUUGACCUUUUCGAAUGUUUUAAAAUACUCCAAAUUGCAAUUUUUUAAAUUCCAAGGCAGACGUGAUGAUAUACAAAAAAGAUUUUCACCGAAUUUCAAGGGAAUCGAUCGAGAAGAACUUGAGUUAUCAUGUCAAUCACUUUGAAAAAAGUAAUUUCGAGAAAAAAGCGUUUAAAUUUUGAGAAACAAUUCUAGCAGAAUAACUCGUUCCACUGGGUUAACUUAGACGCUACGUCACAAAAUAUACUAUAUCUCGGGAAAUAAUACGAAUUAAAAAAAAUCUGUUUAAGAACAUAUUCUUGAGGGAUUAAUCUUGGAAAAUAUGCAAAAAAAUCGAUUUCUUCAAAUUUCUUAACCAGAAUACCCCCUUAGGUGAUUAAUACUUUAUCCAUCUAAUAGCUUAUCAUUUAUCCUAUUGGGCGAUACUUAAAAGAAAGAAGAUAAUGUUGGAAGAUAUACUAUCUCCGAUUUUUUUGUGAAUAACACAAAUAUUUUACCAUGAAUUGUUUUGUGAUAUGUUUAAGAGAUUAGGGUGCGUUUUUGAUGAAAACUCCCGCCACUUCCAAAGGUUAUCAUCAUAUUUCAACUAAUUUACACCAAACGUUGAUCAUAUAACGAAACCUUCCUUAUGAAUUACAGUAUCUAGUGGUAAUAACCACGUGAAAAUACUUUCUUCAGUUUUAAAGUUAAUCACGAAUAAAUAGACUUUGUUUUUUAAUAUAUAGUGAAGAUAAUUUUAACUUCUUGUGUUUCCAUGCUCUGCAUUUACUUUGCUCUUUUUUAUCAUUAUUUAUUAUGAAUUCUUUUUUCAUAAAAAUAUAAUCAGAUCUAUCUUAAUUUAUACAUUCGAAAAUAGAGAAGUACAUUGUAACUAUUAGAUUAUAUUCCUCCUAAAAUUCGUCAUUAUUGUGAUGUCAUAAUCAUAAGAACUGACGCUGACUGAAUUUAUAUUAUUUAUUAAGAAUCAUCCGUUGUAAUUGACAUUUUAAUAUAUUACUGUUUAAUA